CGAAAGUAAAUCUCAAGGGACCGGUGUUAGGGCGAGGACAUUUUUGGACGUUUUGUGAAGGCCAAGGCUACUUCCUCUGUCAGUGGUUUCCUGAUCUCUAUCAACAUGUCUGCUAUUGUUGGAGCAGAAAUGGAUCCACAGAUCUGAUUGGUCCAUGUAGCUGUUAAAAGAUGGAUUUCCCUCAAGACGGAGAGGAUGCUGUUGGUGGAAAUCAGACAGGCAGAGCAGCACGUGCCGUGUCCAGCCACGUGUCCCUGAAGAAUGAGGAGCCCGUCACUGAUGGGCAUCAGGGGGUCAGCACAGGAAGAGUGCUGUCUUAUCCAAGACCACAGAAACACAGACCAGUGUCUCCAGUGCCCAGCUGUGUGUCCAUGAAGAGUGACCGGUCCAUGGGACAAUAUCCCAAUUUCAGCAAUGGACCACCACCGUCUGAUCCAAAACCACAGACACACAGACCAGUGUCUCCAGUGCCCAGCUGUGUGUCCAUGAAGAGUGACCGGUCCAUGGGACAAUAUCCCAAUUUCAGCAGUGGACCACCACAGUCUGAUCCAAAACCACAGACACACAGACCAGUGUCUCCAGUGCCCAGCUGUGUGUCCAUGAAGAGUGACCGGUCCAUGGGACAAUAUCCCAAUUUCAGCAGUGGACCACCACAGUCUGAUCCAAAGAACAUCCUGACCCAGGAUCAGUCCAUGUGUGGAGUGUGUGAGCAGCUCCUGAGGGACCCGGUCAUCACCAGCUGUGGACACAGUUUCUGCAGGCAGUGCAUCAGCAGCUACUGGAGCCAGUCUGGUGCAUCAGGAGACUACAGCUGCCCCCAGUGCAGAAAGAGACCCAGAACACAACCCAUUACAAACCCUGACACAACCAUGGCACAACCUUACCUGUACCUAUCUACAGCCAUGGCACAGCCCCACCUAUACCCAUCUACAGCCAUGGCACAACCUCACCUCUACCCACCUUCAACCAUGGCACAACCUCACCUAUACCCAUCUACAACCAUGGCACAACCUCACCUAUACCCAUCUACAGCCAUGGCACAACCUCACCUAUACCCACCUACAGCCAUGGCACAACCUCACCUAUACCCACCUACAGCCAUGGCACAACCUUCGUCAUACCAACACAGUGAAAUGGCACUUCAUCUGAACCCAUCUGCAAACAUGGCACAAGGUCCAUACCCACACACAGACACGGGGCAGCGUCCUCAGUACUCAAACUCAACCAUGGGGCAGCUUAAUCAUCCACACAUCCAGCACCCUCUUUAUCCACACAUCCACACGGCACAGAUCUCUCCACAGCCUUCUUUAGAUGAGCACACAGUCAUGGGAGCCAGCACCCAUCUGCAAACUGAGCAUGCUCCAGUCAAAAGGGCCAAACAAACAGAUGAUGUCCUGACCAGAGUACUGAUGACUCAUAAAGCCAGCAUGAAGAGGAGGUUUGAGAGCAUAUGUGAAGGCAUCAUAAGGUCAGGGACUCAAACACUCCUGAACAAGAUCUACACAGAGCUCUACAUCACAGAGGGAGAGAGUGAAGGGGUGAAUAAUGAGCAUGAGGUUUGGCAGGUAGAGUCAGCAUCCAGGCCACAAACCACAGAAGACACAGCAAUCAACUGUAAUGACAUCUUCAAGCCCUUACCUGGACAGGAGAGACACAUCAGAACUGUGAUGACCAAAGGGAUUGCUGGCAUUGGAAAAACAGUCUCAGUGCAGAAGUUCAUCCUUGACUGGGCAGAGGAGAGAGCUAACCAGGAUGUAGAUUUCAUGUUUGUGCUUCCAUUCCGUGAGCUGAAUUUGGUCAAACAUGAUGAGUACAGUCUUCACCAGCUCCUGCUUGACUUCCACCCUGAGCUUAGAGAGCUAAAGAAUGGUGAAUACAAAGACUGCUGCAUUGUGUUCAUCUUUGAUGGUCUGGAUGAGAGUAGACUUCCUCUGAAUUUCCAAGGGAACCAGACAUUGUCUGAUGUAACACAAACAUCAUCAGUUGAUGUGCUGAUGACGAGCCUCAUUCACAGAACACUGCUUCCCUCUGCUCUCCUCUGGAUAACCUCCCGACCAGCAGCAACCAGUCAGAUCCCUUCUCAGUGCGUCAGUCAGGUGACAGAAGUACGAGGGUUUAAUGACCCACAGAAGGAAGAGUACUUCAGGAAGAGGAUCAGUGAUCAGAAUCAAGCCAACAGAGUCAUCUCACACAUUACAGCAACCAGGAGUCUCCACAUCAUGUGCCACAUGCCAGUCUUCUGUUGGAUCUCAGCCACUGUCCUUCAGCAGAUACUGGAACAGGAUGACGGGAAGGAAGCCCCUAAAACACUGACUGAAAUGUUCAUACACUUUCUGCUCAUCCAGACCACCAGGAAGAACCAGAAGUAUCAAGAGGAAAAUGAGACAGAUAGACAGAGGCUCCUGGAUUCACACAAGGGUGUCAUAUUGAAACUGGCAGAGCUGGCUUUCAAGCAUCUGGAGAGCGGCAAUCUCAUGUUCUAUGAGGAAGACCUGAGAAAUUGUGGCAUUGAUGUCAGUGAAGCCUCAGUGUACUCUGGCAUGUGCACUGAGAUCUUCAGGGAGGAAUGUGUGUUUCAACACAAGAAGGUCUACUGCUUUGUCCAUCUCAGCAUCCAAGAGUUUCUUGCUGCACUUCAUUUGUUUGCCUCCUUCUUGAAUAAGAACAUGGAGGUCCUGAAACCAUUUAUUAGCAGGAAGUCUUUGCCAGAUGUGCCUCUCGAUGACCUGCUGAAGAAUGCAGUGAACAAAGCUUUGGAAAGCAAGAAUGGACACCUUGAUUUGUUUGUUCGCUUCCUUCAUGGCAUUUCUCUUGUGUCAAAUCAGAGACUUUUGCUUGGCCUCCUGACACACACACACAGCAGUCCAGAGAGUGUGAAGAAAACAAUCAAGAACCUGAAGAUAAUGCAGAGACCAAAUAUCUCCCCCGAGAGGUGCAUCAAUCUGUUCCACUGCCUGGUGGAAAUGCAUGACUCUUCUGUUCAUGAUGAAAUCCAGGCUUUCCUGAAGGCAGAGAAAGGUGCCGUGAAACAGCUCACACUGGCUCACUGCUCAGCUUUGGCUCAUGUGCUUCUGAUGUCUGAUGAGGUGCUGGAUGAGUUUGAUCUGAACAAAUACAAAACCUCUCCAGAAGGUCGCAGGAGACUGGUUCCAGCGGUGAGAUGCUGCAGAAAGGCUCUACUUGCUGGCUGUAAAUUAACAGAGAAGUCCUGUGAGAUUGUGGCCUCAGCUCUGCAGUCUGCAAACUCCCCCUUAAGAGAACUGGACCUGAGUCAGAAUGACCUGCAGAAGUCAGGAGAAAAACUGGCCUCUGCUCUUCUGAGUCCAAACUGCAAACUGGAGACGCUGAGACUUGCUGGUUGUGAGCUAACAGAGGAAUCCUGUAAGGCUGUAGCCUCUGCUUUGCAGUCCUCCAUCUCCCUAAAGGAACUGGACCUGAGUCACAAUGACCUGAAGGAGUCUGGAGUUCAGCUUCUCUGUACAGGACUCAAUAGCCCUCUCUGUAAACUGACAACAUUAAGGCUCAAUCUGUGCCACCUCUCUAAAGCAAGCUGUGAAAUGAUGGCAUCCGUGCUGCAAAGUACACCUUCCCAUCUGAUAGAACUGGACAUGAGUGACAAUGACCUGCAGGAUGAAGGAGUGAAGCUGCUCUGUGUUGGACUAAGAGAUCCACAAUGCAAGCUGGAGACACUGAGACUGUCUGGUUGUCUCAUCACACAUGAGGGCUGUUCUCUCGUGUCCUCUGCCCUCAAAUCAAACCCCUCCUACCUGAAACAGCUGGACCUGAACUACAAUCACCUAGGAGACUCAGGUGUCAGAGAGCUCACAGACAGACUGAAUGAUCCCGGCUGUAAACUAGAGACGUUGAGGUAUGACCAUGGAGGAGAGUGCAGGAUUAAACCAGGACUGAGAAAAUAUGCCUGUGAGCUCACACUGGACCCAAACACAGCAGACACACAACUCUCUCUCUCUGAGGGGAACAGAAAGGUGAUAUGGGGGAGUCAGCAGCAGUCGUAUCCUGACCACCCAGAGAGAUUUGACAACUGGCCUCAGGUGCUGUGUAGAGAGGGUCUGUCUGGACGCCACCCAGAGAGAUGUGACCGUCUGGGUCAGAGUCCAGUCAGCACGGGUCAGUCUGGACGCUACUACUGGGAGGCUGAGUGGAGUGGGAAUGGCACAGUUUAUAUAGCAGUGGCCUAUAAAAGCAUGGAGAGGAAAGGGGGUGGGGCCAGCAGCGGGUUUGGAUGGAAUGCCAAGUCCUGGAGACUGGAGUGCAAAAGUAACAGUUACUCUGCCCAUCACAAUAAUAAGGAGACUGCCAUACCUGCCCCCUCCUCCCGCUCCAGCAGAGUAGGAGUGUACCUGGACUAUCCAGCAGGCACUCUGUCCUUCUACAGCGUCUCCUCUAACACACUCACCCACCUGCACACGUUCCACUCCACAUUCACUGAGCCCCUCUAUCCUGGGUUUUUGACUAACUCCUCAGUGUCCCUGUGCGAGAUCACAUGAACCCCUAAUCCUGCAGCAGAGGAGAGCCACAUACUCCUGUUUACACACUCCUGUGUGUGUGUGUGUGUGUGUGUGUGUGUGUGUGUGUGUGUGUGUGUGUGUGUGUGUGUGUGUGUGUGUGUGUGUGUGUGUGUGUGUGUGUGUGUGUGUGUGUGUGUGUGUGUGUGUGUGUGUGUGUGUGUGUGUGUGUGUUCCUUUUAUUGCCUCAUCUGUGUUGCAUCAUCCCUCUAGCUUAUUCCCUGAAUGUAGUGCUCCCUCUGUUUCUUGUGUGUGUGUUUAUUAUGUCUUCUCUCUCUCUCUCUCUCUCUCUCUCUCUCUCUCUCUCUCUUGCUCUGUGUGUGUGUGUGUGUGUGUGUGUGUGCGUGCGUGCGUGCGUGCGUGCGUGCGUGCGUGCGUGCGUGCGUGCGUGCGUGCGUGCGUGCGUGCGUGCGUGCGUGCUUCUGUGCUGCAUGUGGCUCCUGUGCGAGAUCACAUGACCUCCUAAUCCUGCAGCAGAGGAGAGCCACACACACACCUGUUUACACACUCCUGUGUGUGUGUGUGUGUGUGUGUGUGUGUGUUCCAUUUUGGGUUGCUUCUGUGCUGCAACAUUUUUUCUCUGUUGUUGCUGGACCCUGCUGCUUACUCCAUUCCUCUCUCUGUGUGUGUGUGUGUGUGUGUGUGUGUGUGUGUGUGUGUGUGUGUGUGUGUGUGUGUGUGUGUGUGUGUGUGUGUGUGUGUGUGUGUGUGUGUGUGUGUGUGUGUGUGUGUGUGUGUGUGUGUGUGUGUGUGUGUGUGUGUGUUUGUUAAUUUCUUGUGUUGAACCUCGUAUAUUGUAUGUGUUCUGAAGAUUACAAGAUGAGCACACAGUGAGAGUGGACAGGUUUUCUCAGGGUUGUGAGUGUUAAUCCACCGUUAUUUUACAUAUAUAUUCUGAUAUGCUUGAGAGUGAGAGGGAGGGAAGGGGAGUCCUUUUAUUUGAAUAAUAAAUGAAAUAUGUAAUUGGUUAAAAUGUUUUUAAUUUGAGGUGUAUAUA